AAGAGAGCCGAACGAUAACAAGAGAAGAGCAAACUGUUUCACAUCUCGCAGAAGAGUCUCAUAGUGUUCAGAGAGGCGAGAUGAGCUCAGUCGUGAGUUCCCACAAGUGAGAUUCGGUUUUCGCGGCGCAGUUCACGAUUCGUCCCGCAGAGGAACACCUGUCAACUCCGUUUCGGGAACUCGAGGCAGCUUCCUCUGGCUGACUGACUUCUGAGCGGAGAGAGCUUCGAAAGGGAAUCGGCCUCCUAGCAGCAGUCCCUGUAUUCCUCCGGCAACUCCAUGGCUCCGUCAUUCCUGAUUCUUCUGUUCGUGCUUUGCGUGAGGGACACCUCCGCAGACGGAGAAUCUUGCCGAGCAUACGAAAACAGAACAGCUCAGAUCGGACGGACAAGAGGUCUCAAAGCAGCUACCGUCACCGAAGAAGUCCUGGUUCUCGAAUUGCGCGAUUGCAGACUCGAUCUACCCCUGAUGGGAUUCCCUCCCCAUGCGGACUACGUCAUCUUGACGAAUGUAACUUUUGGUACCGACAUCUCGUGGCCAGAUGUUCUACCCUCGGAAAUCGCCAAAGAGUUGAGGAUUGAGGACUCGAAAUUUGAAGACGAAAGAAUUCUCCGAAAACUGUUCGUCAAUAAUAUCGGAGUCCUCUCGAUCUUGAGGAGUGGACUCAGCGUCUUACCCGUGUUCAAUGCGACCAGCGAAUGUCUCACGAGAAAGGCGAACUUCAGCGGCAAUUCAAUUGGCACAGUCACCGAAGAGGCGUUCAACGUCUUGUACGCUCGCUGUAAAUUCCUUGAGGAUUUGGACCUCACGCGAAACUCUAUUCGAAAGUUCCCCAAGUUCGCUGCUCAGAACGUGUCCAAGUGUAAGCUCCAUCUCGAAAACAACCCCCUGUCGUGCACGGAUAACGAUCAUCUGACUUUGAAUCAGCGGACCAGAGACAUGUUGAUCAGGACACCGCAUUGCGAGAAGGAUGGGAAGCUCGUUCAGUUCUGGUUCCACGAUAGCCCGAUAUGCGCCAGGUGCAGCUGUUACAUUCACUCAGACAUUUAUGUGAACUGUUCCGGUAGAGGACUAGACAGCUUGCCCGCGGGUCUGCCCCGAGAAACCACUCACCUGGAUGUCAGCGUCAAUCAACUGACCUCCCUGCGGAUACCGGAAGAGUCGCACUGGAGAGAAUAUAAUGCGAUCAAACAUCUGAACGCCUCCCACAAUCCAAUCACCAGCAUCGAUGAUUAUUCUCCUCACAUUUGCAACCUCAUGAUGCUCGAUGUGUCGUCCGCCAGCUUGACGGCUCUGCCUCAGUCAUUGGUCGACGAGCUGCUGAACACCUCCCGAUGUGUGCCCCUGCUCUCCGUGGGCAGACUCCUCUUGGGUCACAACCCGUGGAGAUGCGACUGCGAUUUGCUCCCUUUCAAGCGGUUCCUCGGUGAACGAGCCAGGGAAAUCGUGGAUUUCUUCACGGUACAGUGCGACAAGAGAGGAGAAGAGGUAUAUACGGUCCAGGAGGAGACUCUAUGCCCUCCACCCUUCUACGAACUCAAUCCUUGGGACGUUGCCAUCGUCACGAUGACCAUUCUCAUCACUUUGAUGAUCUACAAGACAAUCAGGGACUACUACAUACAGAAGCAUACUGGAAAACUCCCCAAAUUCUUCAAAGUGCGCUUGCAUGCGAUCAAGUCUCGAGAUUUCCGCGACAAGAAUUAAGACUUGCCGUGUACAAACCCUCCACGAGGUUUUCGCGUUGCAGAGGAUAUGAUAACCCUCAAAGCGAGUU